CGAUCCAUCCGAAGACAGAAAAAUGUUGAAACGCAAGAAAGGAAACCGUGCAGGUGGAACUUGCGAGUGGAUUCUCAGUACAAAAGAAUUAAAUAAUUGGCUUUACCUAGAGGAGAGAGAGCAGAAGUCUCAAUCAAGCAACAUCUUGUGGCUCCAUGGGAAUCCUGGGAAGGGGAAAUCCUGGGAAGGGGAAAUCCACCAUGGCCAUUUUUUCUCACUGAAAAACUGUCGGCUGAUUUCGAUGGAAUAGAAAAUAUGACAUUAGCCUACUUUUUCUGUGACGCCAGUUUCGAGAAACAAAGGACAGCCACGUCAAUUAUCAGAGGUCUUCUCUAUCAACUGGUUCAGCAGCAUGAAAAUCUCCUCUCGAAGUACAUUUUACCAAGAUAUGAAGAGCGAGGAAACCAAUUGUUUACAUCAUUCGAUGCACUAUGGGCCGUUUUUAUUGCCGCAGCUGCCGACCAAGACACUGGUCGAACAUAUUGCAUUAUUGACGCACUAGACGAAUGUGACAAUGCCUCCAAAGAUAUUCUGCUAUGUCAACUCCAUGAGACUUUUUAUUGUCAGGAGAACCCCCCGCCGAAUCUCUCUAUCUUAAUCACAAGCCGACCAUACCCUGAAAUUCGUGAAUACUUGCAAGAUUUCACAAACGCGGACUUGGCUUCCUUCGACCAAGCCAGACAAGAUAUCGACAGAUGCAUCAGGGAAAGAGUCGGCGACCUUGCUAAGAAAAAAAAUUAUACAGAUAAAGUUAAGAGAGAAAUUAUCGAUUUGCUAAGGUAUAAAGCUGAAGGAACCUUUUUGUGGGUUGGAUUGGCAUGUGAAGAAUUAAGAGGAAAAUCUUCUAAAGACGCUAUUCAGUUCCUACGAGAUAUACCAAAAGGACUCAUCUCGUUAUAUAAAAGUCUCCUUAAGACGGCUACCGAGGACGAAACCAGCGAGUGCGCGGCGACUCGAAGCAAUCUAAGCUUUAUUAUUGUAUCGUUUGACGCACUAAGCGUGCUAGAGAUAUCCGAAGCCUGUCAACUACACCAAGAUGAACCAGAUCUGGAUACCCGUCUGCAGUACACUCGCGAUCAGAUCGCAUCCUGCCGUCUCUUGGUGGUGAUCCACGCAGAAAAAGUGCAGCUGCUUCACCAAUCCGUGAGAGAUUUCUUAACCGGCUCCGGCUCCGGCUCCGGCUUCUUUUUUUGAGAGGCUUGAAGCACAUGCUAGUGCUGCUUCAUGCUGUAUCGAUAAUCUGAUUAAACAUCUUCACGGAAAAAAUGAGUCAGAAGGUCCUUUCCUUAAAUAUGCACAGAAAUACUGGACGGAGCAUGUACGAGAGGCAAGGGAGAUGUUCAAAAUCUGCGAGCCACAAAUUCCGUUCUUUGAGCCACAUUCGAAUUAUAUGUGGCGAUGGAUGCAAAGAUAUGCGAGGUACACAUCAGAGCAUACC